GGGAAGAGGUAACAUCUAGUGCUGUGCUUGCUUCCAGGCCAUUCAUUCAAGAUGGCGGUGGGUGCUUUUCCGUCUCGCGGGCGGCUGUUCCUGUGGAACCUCGUCUGCUUGUGCUCGAGGGCAAUGGCAGCAUACAACUGCGUGGUGUGUCCCGGGCAGAAGGGCAUCGCGGGAGUGCCAGGCCUGGCAGGUUUUCGGGGCCAUUCAGGGUUACCCGGCACUCCAGGACCCAUGGGCGCUAGAGGUCUGUUGGGACCGCCAGGGGACGUCGGCGAACCAGGGGGCUUGGGGGAGACCGGCCUGCAAGGAGACAUGGGCGAGAUCGGCUUUGAUGGCACUCAGGGGCUCAGGGGCCCGGAUGGCGAUCCAGGUCCCCAGGGCCGGAAGGGAGUGGCAGGAUGCGAUGGCGUGGAUGGCACGAAGGGCAGGGACGGUGACCCGGGAAGGGUAGGCAAUCGAGGAGAGCCAGGCCCACGAGGAAACCCCGGGCCGGUGGGAGACCCAGGGGACGGAGGAACCUUCUCUCGAGGAGUGAAGGGCGACAGAGGAGACCCCGGGAGAGUAGGUUCCACGGGGUAUACAGGAUCCCCGGGACCUAUAGGACCUAGGGGUUUCAAAGGGUCUCCUGGCCCGACGGGCAUCCGCGGAGACCUAGGAUUUGAAGGACAAGCAGGGAUGAUAGGAGACCCAGCGCCGCCCAUUGGUCCUAUCAAGGGGCAAAAGGGAAGGAAGGGGGAGCCAGGAAUUGACACGGGAGUCGACCGUCCGACCAACGUGUCCGUGGUGGGUCCGAAGGGCAUGGCAGGCCUCCCAGGCAGGCCGGGACCCAGGGGCACGAGGGGGGCCAAGGGCGUCAUCGGGUGGGCAGGGUUCCUCGGCGAUAAGGGCGACCAGGGCAGCCCCGGAAACCAGGGCCAGAAGGGCAAGCUAGGGCGCCAGGGCUUGCCGGGGCCGAUCGGAGCCAAAGGGUUCAAGGGCGCGCCGGGAGCAGCAGGGAACCACGGGGGAAGGGGACCCAGGGGAGACCCGGGCGCCGAGGGACCGAAGGGGAGAAAGGGAAGCGAGGGCCCCAUCGGACCCAGGGGCGUCUACGACCCCGCCUACCCUGAGGUCCACCGCGGGCCCCCAGGAGCCCCAGGCCCCGGGGGAAUCCAGGGUCGACGCGGUCCUUCAGGAUUCGACGGCAGACCAGGGGUCUCAGGGACGCGUGGUUCCCCUGGUUUCCCUGGGGUGCCUGGCCCUGACGGUGCCCCAGGGUCGCCGGGGAACGCCGAACGCGGGGAACCGGGUGAUCAAGGCAUCCCAGCCGCGCCCGGAUCAAGAGGACCUAAGGGCCGCCUUGGGGUCUCUGGCUUCCCGGGCGAGAAGGGUGCCCCUGGUGAGCCUGACUACGCAGAGAAGGGCACGGACGGUCGGGCGGGCAUAGAUGGGCGAAAUGGUAUCGAUGGAGUGCCUGGGUUUCCUGGCCCGCAAGGACCGAAGGGUUAUCCUGGACGAGGUAGCGAUGCCAUAGGAUACAAAGGAGCCAAAGGAAUAUCAGGACCUCAAGGAGAACCAGGAAGGAUGGGCAUUGAUGGUCUCAAUGGAGUGCCAGGGAGGAAAGGAGAAACAGGAGAUUCUUGCAACCAAUUUCCUGCUCGAUUUUGCCUAAGAGGAGACAGAGGUACGAGCGGCGAGCCCGGACUGAGAGGCAUUAUCGGCCCCGUGGGAUAUUCCGGCCCAAGAGGCCCCAAGGGAAGCUCCGGCAGAAAUGGGUACCAGGGCGUCAGAGGCAUCAACGGCGUAACGGGAUCUUCAGGCAUCCCGGGUGCAUAUGGAGCCAAGGGCGAGCCAGGAGAAGUGUAUUACGACGUCGUCCUCAAGGGCCAACCCGGAGACAACGGGGACCUAGGACCUAAGGGCUUCCAGGGAGCAAGAGGAGACCCAGGGAUCGAUGGCUUCCUUGAAACCAACGGUCAAAAGGGGCCCAAGGGUGAUCCAGGGCUGAGUGGUUAUCCUGGCACAGACGGUCGACCCGGAAGCCCAGGACGCCCAGGAGUGAAUGAUGUUCAAAGACCAGUCCAGGGCAGGAAAGGGGAGAAGGGACAACGAGGACCGCCAGGGCUCAAGGGCGCCAAGGGAAGACUUCUGGUUGACCUUUCGGAGCUAAAGCAAGGCCCCAAAGGAGACAAAGGGAAUAGAGGUAAUACCAAAUACCCCUCUAGGUUUGACGGGUGGCCGGGAUUUAGCGGAAGGAAGGGCCAAAGGGCUUCCGGGGGGACGGAAGCCCCGGGAGUCGAAGGGAAGGAGGACCCCCCAGGUUGGCCGGGUUUCCGGGGCCCCAGGUCCGGGGGGACGAGGGCCCCCGGGGAUCAAAGGACGCUGGGCUCCGACGGGUUGCCCGAGACCUUCCGGGGCCCCGGGGGGGUGGGGACCCAGGACCCAGCUUACAAGGGCAGAGCGGAUUCCCGGGGCCAAGGGCAGCAAAGGGGAACAAAGGGCCUUCUCCCUCAGGGUUCGACGGACUCCCCCGUCCCAGUGGAGUCCCAGGGGUUUGACGGACCCAAAGGGGGCCCCGGGGCCUUGGGGGACCGCUGUCUGCUUUAUUUUGCUCAGUGUGUCGUGUCUGACCGGCUGAACCGAGCUUGCCCCCCGUGGGCCCAAACCCCAGCAGUAACCUCCGGGGGACGUUGCAAAAUUCUCGCGCCUGGGGGGGGCGCGAACCGCCGACCCCUGGGUGAGAGGCCGACCGUUCCACUAACUUGA